AUGCCUAUUAAAAAGCGCCUGUCCCAUCGCAAUAGAAAGUAUGAGAAAUUAACGGAUGAGGAAAGAAGUUUCAUUAUGGACUUUAAAUCAAAAGGUAUGGGUUGCCAAGAGAUAGCCAGAAGAUUAAAUAAAAAUUUAAAGACAGUUUAAUCUGUCUAAAAUUCAGAAAGAAAAUCCGAAUACAAAUCCCUCAAAGAGGCUAUCACUUAGUAUGGCCUCAACUAACUACUUCAAAUCACUUCCAUAACAUUUAUGGAUGAAAGAAAAUUAAAAAAACUAGCCACUAAAACCGUCAAAUGCGUGAUGCCUCCCAAUAAUAAUACCAUGUUCGCUCACCUGAUACCAGCACAAAAAGCUAACUCAAAUAAAAGAAGAAUUAUUGACUAAAUAGUCAAUAAUAUCUUGAAUAAUAUUCAAAAAAUUUUGACUGCUAAAGAAAUGAUAAGUCUAUUUGAACCAAAUAAUUUAUCAUAAGGUGACACUAUGGGUAUGGAAACCUCUGAAUACUCCCAAUACUCAUCUAAUAUGCUCUAAAAUGAUUCUGAAGACCCAAAUGAAUAUGUUGAAGAUAAUAGCGAAAGAGUCCCUAACACUGAAUAUCAAUUUCACAACUUGCCAGGGAUAUUCAGAUAAUUUGAAGGCUAAUCUAUAAAUUUCUUAAACCAUAGGCAGUUUGAAAAAACUAUAGAACAGUCUUCAGAUUGCUAUUUUGAUUUAUGAGAUGUCAAUUUUACAUACAAGAUGAUAUCAAUAUAAAAAGCAUAAAUAUAUAAUAAUCAAUAUUAAUCUA